AUGGCUCACGAAAGCAAUACUAUUCACGAUGCCCAGAACUUGGAACAUGUGAAUAUCCGAAGACCUACCUACGGAGUCCGUCAGGUCAGAUCAAUCCAUGUCAAGCAUUCUACUCUAUCAAUCGACUGGUCAAUGAUUGCCCCGGAAUAUGCAACAAGACUGCCCGGCUAUACAUCAACUACUCUCCCGUCUUUCAGCAAAACGGUAAGUAACACCGCUCGUGCUGCUACUGACACCGAUUGGUUUCAUCAGUGGUCGAAUGGUCGAGACCGCGCGGGAAAGAAACUUCAUGACAAACAACCAAUGGUAAUAUCACGUGGGAAAAUGAGACGAGACUCACAUAUCGACCACAACAGCACCACAAGCACAAGUAAACUCCAUUUACAAUUUGUCAUCCAUGGUCAGAUCGCAGUCACAACGUCAAUCCCAUUAAUCUCGACCGUGCCUCAGAAUUCUCCAUCAAACAAUCCAAUACGAUCUCAAAAAUUUCUCCAUACGAAUCAUGUGAUACAAUGCAAAGCUCGCACAGACCCGAAUAAUAUCCGUUGCUAA